AAACCCUAAUAAAACCCCUCCUAUAAAUAACAAAUAAACCAAAGCACCAAUAGAGGCUCCAUCAGAGAGAGUCGGAAAUGAAUUUCAGCCGUUUGAUUCCCGGCGGAGGAAGACUUCUCCGUCGACUAUGCACAGAGGCUACGGUGGCUGAGUAUCCGAAAAAGAAGCCAAACCUUUACAAAAGGCUGUCGGAGCUGGAAAAGACUGGAGAGAGCGUCUCGCAGACGUUGAAUCAGUAUAUAAUGGGAGGCAAAGCCGUAGGAAAAUCAGAGCUCGAGAAAUGCGUUCAGGAGCUUCGAAAGUAUCGCAGAUUCCAGCAUGCAUUCGAGAUAAUGGAAUGGAUGGUGAUGAGGAAAAUUAACUUUUCAUGGAAUAACUAUGCAGUGCAAUUAGAUCUUGUGUCCAAAGUGAAAGGAUUGAUUGAAGCUGAGAAUUACUUUAACAGUCUUAGUUCUCCUGCAAAGAACAAGUACACAUACGGUUCUCUUUUAAACUGUUACUGCAAAGAACUAAUGCUAGACAAGGCAUUGGCUCAUUUUAACACGAUGGAUGAAUUGGGUUAUCUCACGAGUUUGUCUUUCACCAAUUUGAUGACUUUAUAUAUGAAACUAGGUCAACCCUUGAAAGUUCUUGAUUUGGUUAAUGAUAUGAAGCAGAGGAAAAUUCCCAUGACUGCAUUUGCAUAUAUUGUUUGGAUGAACAGCUGCGCCGAAUUGAAUGACUUAGAUGGGGUUGAAAGUGUCUAUGAAGAGAUGGGAAGAGAAGAUGAAGACAAGAUUAAUUGGACGACUUAUAGCAACCUUGCUGCUAUCUAUGUAAAAGCUGGACAUUUUGAGAAAGCUGAGUUGAUGCUUAAGAAGCUGGAAGAAAUAGUGAGGCCGCAGGAACGCGAAACUUACCAUUGCUUGCUGUCCCUUUAUGGUGGGACUGGUAAUGUUAAAGAGGUUUAUAGAGUGUGGAAGACCCUGAAGACGGUCUCACCGGUGACCAAUAAGAGCUAUCUUAUCAUGCUGUCUACCCUUCGAAGGCUUAAUGAUAUGGAGGGUAUAAUAAAAAUCUUUAAGGAGUGGGAAUCUAGGCAUGUUAGUUAUGAUACAAGGUUGGUUGGUGUUGCAGUGUUUGCUUACUUGAGUCAAAACAUGGAAGAAGAAGCUGUGUUGAUCUUUGAGGAAGCUCUCAAGAGGUGCAGAGGACCUUUCUAUAGGAUUCGAGAAAUGUUCGUUGUGUCUUUAUUGGAGAAACGUCAAUUUGAUGGUGCUAUGACCCACUUAGAGACAGCACUUUCAGAUGUCGCGGAUGGUGAAUACUGCCCUUCACCCCAAGUUGUGAGUGCUUUACUAAAGUAUUAUAAAGAAGAAACGGAUCUUGAUGGUGUUGAGGAGUUAUGCAAGAUUCUCAGGAGUCACAAUUUUGAUGAAUCGAGAAUUAAAACUUGCAUUGCUGCAUCGGAAUCUUCUCCUGAAACUCAUUCGGCAUCAAAGGAAGAUCCGGAUGCCGCCGACCAUGUCCAUGAGAACUUGUAACUUGGAAGGGGAUGUUCACUAUGAAUACACACACCCGUCAUAGAAAAACAAUUUGUGUGCAGCAUGUAAGUGCAGUUUAUGUUGAGAAAGUUAUUUGACAAUGACAAUUGAUUUCGUUUCGUAAUGGUUUGUCAGAUUCUUUAAGAAUUGAACUGUUCAAUAAAACGUUAGUCUACUGUUUGAUACGAUACUUAGUUUUAAUUUACGAGGAUUAAAACAUCUCAAUAUGGUUAGGAGUUAGAACCGGCUAAGAGACUCGUUAAUUGACAUAUUCUAUUUAUUGUGCCCUACUUUGUAAUGUUUGGCUGAACUUUGUAGUACACAAAUGAUCUUGAACACUA